UUGAGGUAAUAUUUAACACUCCUGCUCUGUUCGACUCUCGGGAGCGUCCGCGCGCGCAACAGAGACAGAAUUGCGCUGGAUAAUAACGGAAUUCUGAACCAAGACUCACGCAUUUCACUCUAAGAUGGGAAUUGGAAAAUGGCUUCUGGCGGCAUUUGGGAUCGUAGUGGUCGUUGUCUUAAUAGCUGUUCCAACCGCAAUUUUCCUUAACGAUGAUAAAACUGAAUCCCAGAGGACUUUUACUCUAGAAGAUUACUUCAACGGUACAGCAAGAACCAAGUCAUACAACUUGCGCUGGGUCUCAGAUGAUGAAUAUCUUCACAAGACAGGAGAGGGCUCAGUGUUUCUGAUCAACGCAGCCACAGGAAAUGAAAGGGAAUUCGUGAACCAACAGAUAUUUGCCCGUGUGGCAGCUUUCGAUUACAUGGUGUCAGCCGAUCGAAAAUAUGUCUGUUUCCUGAGCAACUACACCAAGCUAUGGAGACACUCGUACACUGCAUCGUAUUCCAUCUACGACCUGGAAAAAAGGGAUUUUAUAAAUACAGAUAUCCCACAUGAAAUCCAGUACCUAGCGUGGUCUCCGACCGGCCACAAACUGGCAUUUGUGUGGAAGAACAACGUCUAUGUGAAGGAAUCUCCCAACUCCACAUUUAAACAGGUCACCAAUGACGGAGCCCACAACUUGAUCCUCAAUGGCAUUCCUGACUGGGUGUACGAGGAGGAGAUGUUCUCCACCAACUUUGCUUUGUGGUGGUCACCAAAUGGGAGGUUUGUGGCGUACGCCAAAUUUAACGACUCUGAGGUCCACAAUAUCGAGUACACGUGGUAUGGAGAAGGGCAGUAUCCAGAUACGGUCUUCGUACCGUACCCCAAGGCUGGAACCCCAAACCCAACUGUAAAACUGUUUGUGUUCGAUACAAACUCAUCCAUGGUCCAGGAGGUCAAGGUCCCCAGUGAUGUUGGUGCAGGAGAGCACUACCUGAGCACUGCUACGUGGGCCUCAGAUGAGCGAAUUGCAGUCCAGUGGCAGAAAAGAACACAGAGCUAUGUCAGUUUGAAGACGUACGACUUCAAUGGUGGCACUUGGAGCGAAAGUUCACUGAGCCAGAUUAUCACAAGCAGUACGGGUUGGGUUGGCCGGUUCUCUCCAGACCAACCUGUCUUUCAGCCGGACGGCAGCAGCUGCUAUCACAUUAUGAGUAACGAGGAGCUAUUUAAGCAUCUUGUAUAUUUGAGUGGAACACAAAAAACUUUCUUAACUUCGGGAAAGUGGGAGGUCACUAGCAUCCUUAAGGUCACAAGCAAUGCCGUAUACUAUGUAAGUAAUGAACACAAUGCGAGUCCAGGCCAAAGGAACGUUUACAAAAUCGCCAUAAAUGGUGCUUCUCAUUCAGAGAGGGAGUGUCUGACCUGUACCCUCAAUGCGGAUCGGUGCAAAUAUAACUCUGCUCUCUUUAGCGCUGAAGGAACCUACUACCACAUGAGCUGUUCUGGGCCUGGACUGCCUCUGUAUACACUGAGAAACAGCCGAAAUGGAACAGAGUUGAGAGUUCUUGAAGACAACAGUGAUUUGGAAAACACUCUGCAGAGCAUCGCAAUGCCGUCAGUUACGCACGGCACGCUGAAGAUCGGAGAGUUUGACCUUUGGUACCAGAUGAUCCUGCCUCCCAAAUUCGACAAAUCCCAAAAAUAUCCUCUGCUUAUUGACGUAUACGCGGGCCCCUGUAGUCAGAAGUCAGAUUUCCGCUUCAGGGUGGGAUGGUCCACAUACUUGGCCAGCACGGAGAAAGUGAUCGUGGCCAGCUUUGAUGGUAGAGGAAGUGGUUAUCAAGGAGACAAGAUCAUGCAUGCCCUCUACAAACGACUCGGCACUUAUGAAGUCGAGGAUCAGAUAACGGCUGCUAGACGGUUUAUCGACAUGGGCUUCAUAGAUAAAAACAGGGUUGCCAUCUGGGGAUGGUCUUACGGUGGUUACGUCACUUCGAUGGUCCUGGGAGCCGGAAGUGGCGUUUUUAAAUGCGGAAUGGCUGUCGCUCCGGUGUCUAAAUGGGAAUAUUAUGACUCGAUUUACACUGAGAGGUACAUGCUCACGCCGGUGGAGAAUCGGUUCUUUUAUGAUAGUUCAACAGUGACGGGAAGAGCCAAAAACUUUAAAUCAGUCCAGUACCUCCUGGUGCACGGCACCGCUGACGAUAAUGUUCACUUCCAACAAGCUGCUCAGAUCUCUAAAGCACUCGUGGAUGAACAAGUGGACUUUGAUGCAAUGUGGUACACUGAUGACGACCACAGUCUCGGCGGAUCGGCCAAUCAGCACGUGUACACUCACAUGAGUCACUUUUUGAAAACCUGCUUUGCUUGAAGUUGUGCAACUUUCCACCCAGAAUCCACGUCACCGCAUCAGCGUUACUUCCAGACCACUUCACUCUCUUAAACACGUCAGGCGCGUGCGACCCCCGAUGAGCAGCCGCUGAAUCCUUGUGUUCUGUACUGCAAUAACAGACAUCACGUCUUAAAUCUUUAUUAGUACAUCCAAAAAAUUGCAAAGACGUACUUAUUGGAUAAACAUGAAGCUUGAUGAUCUAGCUAAAGAAGGAAAGAGAAAUAUAAUAAAUAUUAAAAUUAAUUUAAUUAUUUAUUAUUAUUUUAAUGACUUUUGUAAGCUGGGGAGAGCAAUAUUGUGUAUUUUUCCAUCUCAAGUUUUGCCACCUGUUAGUUUCAUGUAAAGAACAAAAAGAAAGUUAUAAAAAAUAAUGUCUAAUUCAGAAAGAGAAAUUCACACUUUAAGUCAUUUGUCAUCAAGCUUUGUCGAGUAUCAGGUAAUCACAUGAGUUUAAGGAAAUAUUUAUUGUGUGCCUUUAAAUUAUAAGCCAUAAUUUGUACGAAUUUACUAAAUCAGAGAUAUUUUCGAUCUUUAAUAAAUUGUAUAAACGCA